AACAAUGUCCUCUCUCCCUUCUCACUCGAGAUAUCAGGAUUUUAUUGAUGUUAGUGACGAGGAACUAAGUAUUUCUGAUUUUAAUUCUGUUUAUCAGUCAGUCAAACGGCUCUCUGCUCGUUGGAAACAGAUAGCUAUUUCAUUGCUUCUCGGAAUAAAUACUAUCAACCUUAUAGAAGCUAACUGUCGUGCAGAUCCUACCUAUUGUUUGCAGAAAGUACUCGAGUAUUGGCUCAGGAAAGAUUAUGAUUAUGAACGUUAUGGUAUCCCUUGCUGGAGAAAAGUGUGUGUAGCUGUUAGAGAAGGAGGAGGCGAUCCAGCUUUAGUUGAUAAAAUAGCUCGUGAACAUCCUCUACCAGCUACUACUGGAAGAACUACUCCUCAUCCUCUACCAGCUACUACUGGAGGAGCUACUCCUCAUCCUCUACCAGCUACUACUGGAGGGGCUACUCCUCAUGUAUCAACUAGUUCAAAAGGUACAUUUAGAUCUGAUAUUGCUCAUAGAGUAAUGACAGAAUGUACCUCAUUAAUAAAAAAUUGUGGAAUUGAUAUUCACUUAUUGGUUGAAAAGUUGUUGGAACGCAAGAUUAUAAACGUAAGACAGAAGAGAGGAAUAACUGAUGGCUACACUAAACAAACUGCUGGUGAAAGAAUGGAUAAAUUGCUCAACCUCAUUUCAAGCCCCAUUAGAGCGAUUGGAGAAAUAUUUGGUAUAUUCUUAGACAUACUCAGAGAGGAAGGUACUAGAAGAACUAUUGCACUAGCUGAUAAAUUGCUACAAAAAUAUUAUUCAUUUGAUAAUGCUCCUGAUCAAGUACAAUUUGAUGAUAGUACAUUUAAAUCAGAUAUUGCUUAUAGAAUAAUGACAGAAAAUGCGUCAUUAAUAAAGAAUUGUGUGAUUGAUGUUAGUUCCUUAGCUGAGAAGUUAUUGGAACACAAUAUCAUAAAUGCAAGAGAGAAGAGAGAAAUAGUUUAUGGAAAUGCUGAGCAAAGUGAUGGUGAAAGAAUGGAUAAAGUGCUCCACAUCAUUUCAAGCUCCAUUAGAAUGGAUGAAGAAGUAUUUGAUAUAUUCUUAGCUAUACUCAGAGAGGAAGGCACUAGAAGGACUAUGAAACUAGCUGAUAAUUUGCUACAGGAAUAUUGUCCUAACCAAGUACAAUGUGAUAAUGAUGCUUUAUCUAAAUGGUUACAAGAAGGCGAAGUCAAUCUAACUGUUAAACGUGUCCAAAUGCUUGGUCCUCCUGGCUCUGGUAAAACAUGUACUCGACGUCUCUUACUGAAUGAAGAUCCACCCGAAGAAGCUCUCACUGACAGCACACCAAUAGCUUGUCGUGCUGUCAAAGCUACAAGAAUAUCAGUUGCAGAUGGUUGUAUGAAAGAAGUUGAUGCUAAAGCUCUACUUUCAAGAUUAGCGUGUGAUUUAAAGGAAGAGGUAUCAAAACAAAAGGAAGCACCAAUAGACAUCAACUAUGACACAUGUAAAUCAAAAGAGGAGUCUUCAGAAACCAUUUCUACUGAUAGUCCUGAGACUAAAGCAACAGAAUCAGCAGAUCCAACAGAAUCAGCAGAUCCAACAAAAUCAGCAGAUGCAACAGAAUCAGCAGAUGCAACAGAAUCAGCAGAUGCAACAGAAUCAGCAGAUGAUCCUGACGCGAAUAAAAUGCGUAAAGAUAUUGUUGAAGCCAUUCCAACUGCAAAAGCUAAUUUAAAUUGUAAUUGGGUAUACAUUGUUGAUUCUGGUGGCCAGACUGCAUUUCAAGAGUUAUUGCCUUUGUUUACUAGACCUGCUUCUCUUAACAUCGUCACACUAGACCUUUCGAAAGAUCUUGAUGAAAAGCUUGAUCUACAAUAUCGAAUUGAUGGAACUUCAUAUCCUUGUGAUUCAGAGUUUUCGUAUUCAAAUAUUGAGUUUUUGAAAGAUGUUCUGUCUUCUGGAACUGUUUCACAGCCUUAUCACAAAAAGUUCCCAGGAUAUUUUGUUCUGGGCACUCACAGUGAUGAUGAUAAAGCAACACCAGAAAAGAUUAAAAAAUAUAAUGAAGAGCUGUCAUCAUUAACAUCUGGGUCUAAAGCAGAAAAAGGCUAUCGCAUCAUUCCUGCCAAACUUGGUGAAAUCAUAUACUCAGUCAAUACAAUGCUCAAAUCUGGUCCUGACAGACGAAAAAUAUCCAAAAAGCUUUGUGAUAUAAUACUUCAUGAUAGGAUUUCUAAUGAUACAUUGAAGAUGCCAGUGCGAUGGUUUGCUUUUGAGCUGACUUUGCUAAAGAAAGCAGGAAAUGGCAGCUGCCUCAAGAAGCAUGAUGUCUUAUCUAUUGGUAAGAGCCUUGAAAUGAAGAAAGAAGAUACAGAGCAGGCUUUACUGUAUCUGCACAAUGCCACCAUUAUUCUUUAUUAUCCUGAAGUUUUACCAGACAUAGUAUUUGUUGAUCCUCAUCCUAUUCUCGAUACUCUAUUGCGCCUAUUAGCUCUUACUUACAAUAUUGAUGUAGCUCAUUUGCAUCUCCUUACAAAGGCAGGGGUAGAUAUAUUAGAUUCUGAUGAUCUAAGUAAACUAAGGAAAAGAGGAAUAUUCACUAAAUCACUGCUGGAUAUGUUAAAUGGUGACCAGGGAUUUUCUAAGUCUGAUUUUAUCAAGCUUUUGCUUCACCUACACAUCAUUGCCAAGACAGAAGAUGGUUAUUUCAUUCCUUCUGCACUGCCUCCUUAUACUGGUCCUCCUCCAGAAUCAGAUGUAACUAACCCAUUAGUAAUAGUAUGGCGCAACCCUGUCACUGAAGAAAUUUUACCUGUUCCCCGUGGAAUUCUCUCUCUAGCAGUUGUCAAUUUAAGGACAUUCAAGCAACCAGAAUUUCGUUUUCCUACCAAAGACACUUCGACACAUCAAAAGUAUUUAAGAUGUCGAGAUGCUAUGUCAUUUCGUGUUUUUGUUCACAAGGAGAAAAUUGGUACCAUUCAUCUCAUUAAAAAAAAACAAAUGCAUUGAGAUUUAUUUUAAAAGCAAAGUUCUAAAACACUGCCCACUUAUUCUUGAAGCAGUAACAGAAGCUAUUAACAACAGUAGUGAGGCCAUUAACUUAAAAC